AUGUCGAACCUCAUCAAUAAGGCCAAGGAUGCCCUGUCUGGCCACAAAGGUCAUGAUACGACUGCAACCAGCACCUCUUCUGCAUAUGGCACCACAGGGACCGGGCCACAUGGGCCCCAUGCCUCUAACACCGUCAACCGCGUGGACCCUACCGUGGAUAGUCGAACUGGCACGUCUACCGGCUCCGCUGGGCCUCACACGUCCAAUCUUGCCAACAAACUCGAUCCCCGUGUAGACUCAGACAGGGAUCAUCGAGCAAAUCCAGUCAGCAAUGUCGGAGGGCAUGGUAGUUCGGGAUAUGGACCGACCACUACCACCAGUACUACCACUGCGGGCCCACACUCGUCCAACCUCGUCAACAAAGCCGAUCCUCGGGUCGAUAGCGACUUUGAUCACCGGGCAAAUCCAGCAAGCACGGUUGGAGGACAUGGCAGCUCAGAAUAUGGAGCAACAUCAACUACCACAGCCGGUCCUCACUCAUCUAACCUGGCCAACAAACUUGAUCCUCGCGUCGACAGUGAUUUUGAUCACCGCGCCAAUCCAACUAGCACGGUUGGAGGACAUGGUAGUUCAGGCUACGGAACAACCUCAACCUCAACAGCAGGUCCUCACUCAUCCAACAUGGCAAACAAGCUUGACCCUCGUGUGGACAGCGAUGCCGACCACCGCACCAACCCUGCGAGUCAUGUUGGCGGCUAUGGCGGUGCUGGGGUAACCUCAGGCGGUACGACGGUACACCCGGUAGGAGCCACGGGCACUGUUGGGACGACGGGACACGGAGGGACAGCUGGAACGCACCAUGGCACUGUGCAUGAUAGCAAGCUCCUCAACGAGCUGGAUCCCAGAGUGAAGACGAGCAGUGGAUAUUGA